CUUCCACUCUCUGAUGUAGUUAAAUUCCAAUUGACAGUCAGUUCCAGCUGAUCUGUGUUAGCUCUUCUCGUAUAAAUUGCUUGUGCUGAUCAGUGAUCUCUACCACUUGUCACUCAACCAGUAUCAAAACAGCUGUCAUUGUUUGUUGUGAAGAUAUGAAGCGCAGCUCUGAACUUUCAUGGCUUCCAUGCUUCUGCAUCUUGUUCUGCAGCCUUCUUGUCUCCUCUCAGCUCGAUUAUAAGUUCUAUGACAACGCUUGUCCCAGUCUGACAAAACUUGUCCGGUAUGGCGUUUGGUCGGCUAUCGCAAACGAGACCAGGAUGGCUGCUUCUAUCUUGCGCCUACAUUUCCAUGAUUGUCUUGUCGAUGGAUGUGAAGGGUCGGUCCUGCUUGAUGAUACAAGCACAAUAAAGGGAGAGAAGAAUGCAUCUCCCAAUCGCAAUUCGGUGAGAGGUUUCGAGGUCAUCGAUGCCAUUAAGGCAAAUGUCGAAAAAGCAUGCCCAGCCACAGUUUCUUGUGCCGAUAUUCUCACUCUAGCCGCAAGAGAGGCUGUUUAUCUGACAGGAGGGCAAUUUUAUGCAGUGCCCUUGGGUCGCCGAGACGGCUUAAGUGCAAGGGAAAGCGCCGUCAACGAGCAGCUGCCUUCACCCAUCGAGCCCCUGGAAAAAAUCACUGCAAAGUUUACCUCAAAGGGUCUUGACAUCAAGGAUGUGGUAGUGCUUUCAGGUGCGCAUACGAUUGGCUUUGCACAAUGCUUCACAUUCAAGUCGAGGCUCUUCAAUUUCAACGGCUCCGGCAAGCCCGACCCAGCGCUAGACACAUCAUUUCUGCAAAAUCUACAAGUCACAUGCCCCAACCAGGACGACUCUAACUCCAAUUUGGCUGCUUUAGACACAACCUCUGAUAAAUUCGACAACAAUUACUACAAGAACCUCAUCAUCAACUCCGGGGUUCUCCAGUCGGACCAAGCCCUCAUGGGCGACAACAGAACCGCUGCAAUGGUCAUGUACUAUAGCAAGUACCCCUUUCUGUUUCCGAGGGAUUUCGGAGUGUCGAUGGUAAAAAUGGCCAGUAUUGGCGUGCUCACCGGACAGAAUGGUCAGAUUAGGAAGAAUUGUAGGGCGGUGAACUAGAAGCGUAAGCAUGCAAGGACAAGAACUAGCCGAAGGUGGUCGAAGUUCUUUUUAAGU